UCGUAAGUCGUUCACUGCGGAACAAUUCCGAAUCUCGGCCCGUGGCUAUGUUGAUCGAUUGCAAAUUUUCCUCCAUUCGAUCUUCCUCCCACUACACCGACAUUACCUACCUUCAUACACCUUUCCUUCAGUCUCAUCUCAUGCAAUAGUGUAAAUUCUCAUUCUAUUAUAUCAUGUACCACAACAAUUCCAUCCGCAUCUUGACCGGAAACAGUCAUCCUGAACUUGCUCAAGCAGUGACUGAGCGACUCAACGUUCCACUCGUACCAUGCACUGUCAAGAAGUUUUCCAACGGCGAAAUCAAUGUCAAAAUUUCUGAAUCCGUACGAGAUGAAGAUGUUUUCAUCAUCCAAUCUGGCUGUCAGGAUGCCAAUGACAACCUCAUGGAACUCCUCAUCCUCAUUUCGGCCUGUAAAACGGCCUCCGCCAGACGGAUAACAGCCGUCAUUCCUUCCUUUCCCUAUGCUCGGAUGGACAAGAAGGACAAGUCUAGGGCGCCCAUCACGGCAAAACUCGUCGCGAACAUGCUCGUUGUUGCUGGCUGUGACCAUGUCAUCACUAUGGAUCUUCACGCCAGUCAAAUACAAGGUUUCUUCGACAUUCCUGUGGACAACCUGUUCUCAGAACCUCUGGUAUUGUCGUACAUUAAGAGGUCAAUUGAAGGUUGGAAGAAUGGAAUCAUAGUCAGUCCAGAUGCUGGAGGAGCGAAGCGAGUGACAGCCAUCGCGGACAAGCUUGGAGUGGAAUUUGCUCUCAUUCAUCGAAAACGAGAUGGUAAAGAGGUUGAUGCGCCGGAGAGAAUGGAAAUUCUGGUUGGAGAUGUAAAAGACAAGGUUGCUAUCCUGGUUGAUGAUAUGAUUGACACCGGCGCAACUCUUUCACUCGCCACGAAGACGUUACACGAGAAAGGUGCUAAAGCUAUAUAUGCUCUGAUCACCCAUGGAUUACUCUCCGAAAUCAAUUUGAGUGUAAUAGAGCGGUUACCCAUUGAUCAUCUUGUCGUGACAAAUACUAUCCCUCAAGAUAAACAUAAGGACGGUUGCUCUAAGCUCACUGUCAUUGACAUCAGCCCCACAAUUGCCGAAAGUAUUCGGCGUACUCACAAUGGAGAAAGUAUCAGUCUCCUGUUCGGUGAAUGGGCAGACUCUGGGAAUGUCGAGGUGCUCUGAAUUUGGAGCAAUGUUUCCAAGCUUCCAAUGUAUCAAGAGGACACUUGUUUUGUACAUGGAUUCUUGUAUCACUCAAUGUGACAAUGUGGAUUACAAGCUAUCUUUUGACAGAUGGAAGUCGACAUCUCGCAUAGCCUUGUCAAUGUGUCAUGGUCCUUUCCAAAUCGGCUGUUCCUCAAUGGGACCGU